CGGGGCUGGGCUGGGCUGGGCUGGCCACGGCGGGGAGCGGGGACCUCCACGGCGCCGGGCUGCAGCGGGGACCUGAAUCCCCCCAGCUGCCAGCACUGCCCUGCCCCAGCAGCUAUGACAGGAUGCCCGUCUGCACUGUGGUGAGCACGCACCCCCCAGAGCACCCAGUGAGUCGGAUGCCCAUGGACGGGCGGGACAAUGCCCCCGGCCAUGCGCCGGCCCGGGAGGGGGAUGCCCUGCGGGUCAACCAGCUGCACAACAGCAACAACAACGCUGCCUCGCCGGGGGGCUGGCUGGGCCGCAAGGGCUCCCGCUCCCUCUCGCCCUUCGGCCCCCAGGCCCCUGUUGGCGCCAACCAUAAGCUGAGCUACCUGGAGCGUGUCGUGCUGGAGCUCGUGGAGUCGGAGCGCACCUACGUGCGGGACCUGCGCAGCAUUGUGGAGGACUACCUGGGGAAGAUCAUUGACACCGAGGAGCUGCUGCUGCGGCCGGAGCAGGUCUGCGCGCUCUUUGGGAACAUCGAGGAUAUCUACGAACUCAACAGCGAGCUACUGCAGGACCUGGACAGCUGUGACAGCAACCCCGUGGCUGUGGCCAGAUGCUUUGUGGACAGGAGCCAGGAUUUCGAUAUCUACACCCAGUACUGCAACAACUACCCCAACUCGGUGGCGGCUCUGACCGAGUGCAUGAGGAACAAGCACCAGGCUAAGUUUUUCCGUGAGCGCCAGGAGCAGAUCGGCCACGUGCUGCCCCUGGGCUCCUACCUGCUCAAGCCGGUCCAGAGGAUCCUCAAAUACCACCUGCUGCUCCAGGAGAUGGCGAAGCACUUUGACCUGGAGGAGGCCGGCUACGAGGUGGUGGAGGAGGCCAUCGACACCAUGACCUGUGUGGCCUGGUACAUCAACGACAUGAAGCGCAGACACGAGCACGCCGUGCGGCUGCAGGAGAUCCAGUCUCUGCUGCUGCACUGGAAGGGGCCGGAUCUGACGACCUUCGGGGAGCUGGUGCUGGAGGGCACCUUCCGGGUGCACCGCGUGCGCAACGAGCGCACUUUCUUCCUCUUCGACCGCACCCUGCUCAUCACCAAGAGACGGGGCGACCACUUUGUCUGCAAGAACGACAUUCCGUGCUCCUCCUUGAUGCUGAUCGAGAGCACCAGGGACUCGCUGUGCUUCAGCGUCACCCACUACAAGCACAGCAAGCAGCAGUACAACAUCCAGGCCAAGAGCGUGGAGGAGAAGCGGGUCUGGACCCACCACAUCAAGAGGCUCAUCCUGGAGAACCACCACGCCAUCAUCCCCCAGAAGGCUAAGGAAGCGAUCCUGGAAAUGGACUCCUCCCACCCUGCUCGCUACAGAUACAGCCCGGAGCGGCUGAAGAAAGCGAAGUCGUGCCAGCCCAUGGAUGAGGUGCCCCCACAGGCACGGCAGGGGCGCCGGCAGUCGGAGCCCUUCCACCUCUGGCGCCGCAGGGAGAAGCUCCCGGACGGACUGCAUGGUGGCGUGGGGUCAGGGUGCGCAGGCCGCAGGACGUCUGAGCCUGCCAAGCAGAUUGUCAAGCAGCUGGGUGAGAGAGCAGCAGGACUGAAGCACGCCGACAGCGCCGGAGCCCUCCUGGAGACCGGGGCACCCUUGCAGCUCCCUGGCGGCGCUUGGCAGCUGGCUGAGGGCGAGGGGGGCACGGAGGAGGAGGAGGAGGAGGAAGCAGCCAUGGGGAAAGAGGAAGAGCAGGCCCUGGGGCAGGGGUCGCUGGAGGAGCUGGCUGUGAGUGACAGCAGCGAGAAGGAAGCCGGGCCGGAGGAGGAGGAGGGCCCGGUGGGCGAGGAGCAGGUAGCUGACUUUGCGAGCUUCCUGCUGGCGGCGCUGCACGGCUGGCACUGUCGGGCCAACGCUUUGCUUUUCUCCCGGGGCCGCACGGGCAAGGGGCCCAAGGGAAGCCAGGAGCCAGGGGGCCCUGAGGACCGUUGCAGUGCAGAGACGGCCUCGGCCAUCCUGAAGGCUGUCCCGGAGCCCAGUGAGCUGCACGAGGAAGAGCACCCAGAGGAGGCCGCGAGCACCCCGGAGCCGGCCCAGCAGAGGGCGAUGGAGCAGGAGCAGAACCCGGCCAUGGCGGAGAACACGGAGGACCUCAAAGCCCUGAGCAGCGAGGAGGAGGAGGAGGAGGAGGAGACCAGGGCGAGGAGCAUUCUGCCCCCGUCCGUGCUGGACCACGCCAGCCUCAUCGCCGAGAUGUUCGCCAGCAGCUUCUCACGGCGCAGCAGCCUGGCGCUGGAGGAGGGCCGGCCCGGGGGCUUCCUGACGCCCAGGCUGGUCAGCCGGAGCAGCAGCGUGCUGAGCCUGGAGGGCAGCGAGAAGGGGCAGGGCCGCAGCAGCGCCGCCGACUCCCAGGGCCGCGUCUCGCCGCCGGGCUCCACCCGCAGCGGGAUCGCUUCGCCCGGCCCCUUGGAGCCCGAGCGCACCGCCUGCCCCAGGAAAGAGUCCAUGCUCUCCCGGCAGGACCGGCUGCUGCUGGACAAGAUCAAGAGCUACUACGAGUGCGCGGAGCACCGCGACGCCGGCUUCAGCAUCCGGCGCCGGGAAAGCCUCUCCUACAUCCCCAAGGGGCUGGUGCGGAACUCGGUCUGCCGCCUCAACAGCCUCCCGCCCCCGCCGGAGCAGCACGCCGACGCCAGGCGGGGAGCGGGCAGCGGCAGUCGGACAGCUGCCUGGGUGCUGGCGGGCGUCCCCACCCCUGGGCCCAGGGCCGAGCCCAGCGCCCCCGUCGCCGAGGAGGAGUUCCGCCCGCCUGCCGAGAUGAUCAAGGUGUGGGAGGGCAUGGAGAAGAUGAGUGCCAGCCAGCCCUGCCCGGAGGAGGGCAGCGGGGAGGGCACAGCUGGCGCCGCCGCCGUGGCGUGGCCCCUGGGCAGGAGCCAGGAAAACGGCUUGGACCUGCACGAGCCGCUGCUCAUUCUGGAGGACGACGAGCUGAGCGCCAUCGCGGAGGAGUCGGCCGGGCCCUCGCCCGAGAGCCGGUCCCCCACGGAGCGAGCGGGGCCCACCAGGCUGGCUAGCCAGCUGCAGAGACUGGCGCAGGAACUGGGCCACCCUGCCAAGCCGCGCCCCCCGGUCCCUCCGCUCUCAGAGGCCGAGCUGAGCGAGCGCCUGCAGAACAAGGUGUACCAGCUGGCGCGCCAGUACAGCCUGCGCAUCAGGAACUGCAAGCCAGCCGGGCACAGGCGGCUUGCCAAGCUGGAGGAGCUGCGGAGCUGCGCAGCACCCCCCCCAUGUGACGGGCACCAGGAGGUGAAGAGAAGUACAGGCCCGCGGAAGCCGGCGCUCUCUCUCAUGACCUUUGAGCAGGUGGUGCUGCAGGAGUACAGCCCCCGCACGCCGCUCUCUGCCACCGCCUCCUCGCAGGACAAGUCGCCCAAGAGCUUCUCUUUCAGCCCCUCCUGCCCCGCCUCGCCCGGCCCCGGUGCCUCGCCCGGCCCCUUGUCCUGCAGCCCACUCAGCCCCAUCGUGGCGGAGACGUUCACCUGGCCCGACGUGCGGGAGCUGCGCUCCAGGUACUCCUUCGGCACGGCCUUCCCCGGCCCGCGCCGGCCCCCGCCAGUCAACAGGAGCCGGUCGGCGCCAGAGAAGAUGGCGGCAGAGCUGCCGGGAGGCGUCCCGGGACAGGAGGGCUGGCACGGGCUGGAGCAGAGCCCUGGGAGGGGCCGGGGCACCGAGGAGAGCCCAGACCCCAGCGCCCGGCAACGCCAGAGGAACCAGAGCGCUGGCUCGCUGCGCAUCACCGCUGAGGCCAUGCUGGGCGACCAGCGGGUCAUCGUGCUGGAAAAGGUGCCGUGCGGCGGGGACCCACCUGCCCCCGAGGAGCCGCCCGAUGCCGCCAGCUACGUGCAGAUCCGCUCGCCCACCUCACGGGAGAGGAUCUCACUGAAGGCCGUGGCGGAGCGCUGCAAAGCCUACCAGGAGUCGGACGAGUACCGGCGGCGGGAGGAGGGCCGGUCUGCGGGCUGGGAGCAGGCGGCCGCCAGCCAGCACGGCCGCGUGAGGAACCUGCGGGAGAAGUUCCUGACCCUGAACUCUGCCAGCUGAGCGGGCGCCUGCCCUGCCCGGAUCAUGAGGGGGAGGCCGGACUUGUGUACAUAGCGAGCGCCUUCCUCCUCCCCCCGCCAACGCCACCCACCCCGAUGGGACUAAAAUCCCCGGACCAGGCCGGGCCAUGGCCAGAGACCUGCUCUCAUCGGGGGCUCUGCGCUGAAGCAUGGACCUGCAGAUCUUGGCAGGCAGGAGCAGCGGGCAGUACCUCCCACCAGGGCCUUGGCCCAGAGUCUGCCCACCACCCUGGGGCUGAUCCCUGCCGGCACGAGGGGCUGUGCUGCUGGCCAGUCCUGGAGGAGGAGGGUGAAUUGCUCUCCGCUGUGCUGGGUGAAAGGGAGCGUGGUGUACGCGGGUGCCCCACGCAGGGCGGUCGUGUUGGCUGUACACACACUUCAGUGCAAUAAUCACACCUCUCGCCUCCUGCCUGCCUCCUCACGUCUCCUGCAGCCUCGGGGAGGGGAGGCAGCGCGGCCUAGUGGGCACGUGCUGUCUCGCUGUGUGUGCAGCACCUGCCGCGCAGGGCCCCUGCACUCACUGGUGCCACAGUAUAGUCACCACCCCCAUCUGCCAUGAGACCGGUUGGGCCACUCAGGCUGGGAUCACAGUGAGCAUGCAGUAGGGGGGUGGGUUCAGUGCCACCUCGGGGUGCUGCCAGACACCACUCCACAGCCACUCCUGUUUGCUGCGGGCCAGCGGGAGGGAGGGGCGGCUGAGCCCUGUCCUGUGUACGGUAGCAGCUGGCGUAACCCAGGCUAACAGCGGCCUGCCCUGCUCUGCCCUCUCAUGGCUGCGUGGCACAGAGAGGUUAGGCUCCCUUAGCCUAGGCACUGAGUACACACAGCCUCCAGCGGGGUCCCGCUCCACACGGAGCACUGAGCUAUCUCUGGCAGCAUGGCACAUGCCGGGAUUUCCAAGGCGGAGUAGUGGUAGCUGUUGCCUGGAGCCCUCGGCCUGGCCUGUGCCCCGGUGCCAAGCUGCUGGGCUGUCCCCUCCCUGUCCAGUACCUCACUGGGUCUUAUGAGCCAGGCCCCGAGCAGCCGGGGAGGGGAUGGAAGGGCCUUUCCGGCCCCAGGAGGCCAUGCCAGCGGGUGGAGGGGCCCUCUGUCUGCCUGAAGCCCAGGGUGGGUCUAGCCAGCGGUGCCACUGCCCACAGCCCCCACUACGGGAUGGGCGUCGGCAAAGAGCCCACCCCACUGGCGGUGAGGUUUGAGCCUGGGCCGGGGAUGGGAGCCUGUGUUCUUUGGCGGGGGGGCAUUAGGCACCAGGCCCGGAGCCCUGUGGUGGGAAGGGUUAAUUCAUGGAGGGGAAGACAGGAGCGAGCAGAAGCAGCUGGGCUGAGGGCUCCUCACCCAGGGCAGGUGGCUCCCCAGGAGCCCAGAGCUGCCCCUAGACUCCAGCACCGGCCCUGGCUCCUACAGUCCCGAUUCCCCAGGUCCUCUUGGGAGGGGAGCCCCCUCCUGGGCUGUCCCCACCCAGCAGGGGCGGGGAGACAACGCAGCCCUGCCCCCUCCCAGCCUGAGUGCCAGGGCACCUGUCCAUCUGCUCACUUGCCCCCCAGCCCACAGACAACACACAUGGGACUCAGUGCAGGCUCUGGCCUCACCCAUGGGACCCAGCAAUGGAAAAUUCAGUGAUUCAAAACCACCCACUUGUCUCCCUCAAAUAUAUCACUGACGGGCCACCCCACACCUCCCCAUUACCGCGCUGACUGCCUGCCCCACACCUCCCCAAUACCGUGCUGACUGCCUGCCCCACACCUCCCCAUUACCGCGCUGACUGCCUGCCCCACACCUCCCCAAUACCGUGCUGACUACCUGCCCCACAUCUCCCCAAUACCGCACUGGCGGGCUGCCCCACACCUCCCCAUUACCGUGCUGACUGCCCGCCCCACACCUCCCCAAUACCGUGCUGACUGCCUGCCCCACACCUCCCCAUUACCGCACUGGUGGGCUGCCCCACAUCUCCCCAAUACCGCGCUGACUGCCUGCCCCACACCUCCCCAUUAUCGCACUGACGGGCCGCCCCACACCUCCCCAAUACCGU